UAAAAUUUUACUUUGUUGAUUGUUUCGUCUUUUAAAUAAUUUAAUUGACUAAUUAUGGAUUGUACACCGAGAGUAACUGUCCAGCAGAUGAAGGAUAUGAUUGGUAAAACUGUGAUCCAAUUGGGUAAAAUUAAAGCGGUUGAAUUAAGAUUAAAACGAAUCCGGGUUGUUGAUUGUUCCAAUUCAAAUUUGAUAAUAUUCGUUAAAAAUAUUGAAAAUGAACAACAUUUUUCUCAGAUACGAGAUCAAUUGUCUAACAAUUUAUGGGUCGAGGUGAAAGGUAAAGUCAUUGGAAUGGGGGCCAUGGAUGCUGAGUGUGUUUAUCUACAACGGACAAAAUUGUUUGAUAAUUUUGAUGUUGAUUGUUACACGAGAGCAGUUAAAAUCUCUAAUGAUUCCCAGGUAAUUGAAUAUUUAGCUGUUGACGAUAAAAUUCAGCAUCAUGGUUCCCUUGGUGAUUCGAUACAAUUGAUUGAUUGUGAUGGCGAGGAUUUUGAUGUUUUCCCAUUGGAAUCGGAAAUUUUUCUUAACCUUUAA